UAACGCAUCUAAUUCUACACGUCCUCGAUCGACCGAUAAAUUCCACCGUUGCACGUAAUACUCGACCGAAUCGAAACGGCGUAACACGAAAAAUAACUGAAUUAUUCUAGCCCCUUUGUAGGCUAUUCUCGUUCCAUGGCGAACGCCUCGCGAUAGCAUCCUAAGUGCCCGAACGUCGCCGCCCUGCGACUGGCUGCUUAUCCGUCUCUUUGGGAUGGCUUUGCCUCACGUCUGGCAGGCUAGGGCGGCUGCCAACCCAACUUUGACUGCUGAUGCUGCUUGUACCCCCUACGCUUUGCCAUCGAAUGGCGUAUUGGAACUUCCAGGAGCCGACCCGACGACCUUGACGGCCGAAGCUGUCUAUAUGCCCCUGUGCACGGCCACCGCCGUUGUCCAACCCGCUAUUAUUGCGAACGGAGCCUUUGACGUGGACGACACAUCAUCCGCCUCUAAUCCCCAAUUCUCCGACUUUCGCGAUCCCUUUUAUGCUUCGAUAUUUCCACAAUGUUAUGUUUUGGCUGCUACAACGGUUCUGGCUUAUUUACUACUUAUUAUGCUUGUAAUUGCGCCUCGAUCCUUUCUUGACGGCGGAGUCGUCGUUUUGGGUCGGCGUGGAUUUACAAACGGCCCUUCGAACGGCAUUAGUAUUGGCGGUCGUCCAUGGCUACAGAAAGUUGCAGCUUUAACUGUUGCUAUCUCACUAAGCAUUGCCACGGCGGAUACGUUUCGCGUCGCCGAAGAACAAUACGCGUUUGGGAUUCAGAACGGGCCGCAGCUUCAGGAUGAGGUAUUAGGUGGAACCCAGCUGAAAGUUAUUCAACUUAUCUCCGAUACUUUCCUCUGGUUGGCUCAAGCCCAGACACUCAUACGAUUGUUUCCUCGGCAGCGGGAAAAAGUCAUCAUAAAAUGGACGGCUUUCUCGCUUAUUACAUUGGAUGUCAUCUUUGGUGCCCUCAACAGCUUCCGUUACACAAAGCAGGGCAACACCAGGCCGCGUAGCUUUACGGACGCGGUGCCAGCAUUAAGCUACCUUUUCCAACUAUCCCUCGGUUUGCUAUAUGCUGCGUGGGUGCUCUACUACUCUCUUAUGAAGAAGCGGUAUGCUUUUUAUCAUCCCUUGAUGAAAAAUAUCUGCUUAAUGGCGACUCUUUCCAUUAUAUCGAUUCUCGUCCCGGUGAUAUUCUUCGUCCUCGAUAUCGCAAAACCUGAGUUGACUGGUUGGGGUGAUUAUGUUAGGUGGGUUGGUGCAGCAGCAGCGAGUGUUGUGGUAUGGGAAUGGGUUGAACGCAUCGAAGCUCUGGAACGUGAAGAGAAGAAAGACGGAGUGCUUGGAAGAGAGGUUUUCGAUGGCGACGAAAUGAUGGAGAUAUUUCCAACGGAUCUUUCAUGGGGGAGCCGACGACGGAAGAACAAGAGAAAAAGCGAGGAGGAAGAUGACGACGAGGGAGAGAGUGGCAACAGCUCGUCAUUUGGCGGGCGAAGCAACAUGUGGCCUGCUAUGUCAUCUAUUGCGACGCGCUGUAGAUCGAAACCGGAAAGUAGUCCCGACAGAAGGCAGCAACCACCUUUGACAAGCAGGCCAACAGGAAUACUUCUUCAGCCUCCGUUAUGGCCUUCUCGGCCGCCCCCAGCAGUUACACCAGUAAGCAGAACUGACACUGCAAGUGCUGAUAGCACCCUUUACGCGGUUCGAUAUCAGCCUCUUACGGAGACAACCACGAGAACCACGGACGAUAGAAAUGGCCGACCAUUGUCUAGAAGCAACAGUGCUACCUCUUCAGCAUCAAGCCCAACAUCAGAAAGCAAUGGACAGGCAGGGAGCCCUACUACAUCUCGGCACCCUUCAUCGGCGCCGUUGCCGGAGAAGAAGGUAUAUGAGGAAGGAAAUUCGAAUCGUUGGCAUUAUUUGAAUCCAUUCCAUCGUACUGCUAGGGAACCUCCCGCCGAGGUUCUUCCACAUACAGUACAAAAGCUGCCCAAGCAGCGGCGCGAUUACGAAAACGUUGGUAGAUGGGAUGUUAGAGGACGCAUAGAAAUCUUUGCCGCCGCGCAGGCGGAGAGAGUUCUAGAGCGGAUCCGGCCAACUCCUGACACGGAUAGCCUACCAGUUACUGUCAUACCUGCCCCCCCUCGCCGUGGCGCUGCACUAGCCCAGUUACUAGAAGAAGAGGAAUUGCAGAUUCAACCCCAGGGUCAACCAACCAUAUCAAGUUCUACGCCGUCGACAUACACCCCAAGAAAUCCGAACUCUGGACCAAUGUCGCCAUCGCGCCAUGUGGCUAGGAACGGUAGCACGGCAUCAACCGCACCUAGGUCCAACCCAAGCUCGACAGAUAGAAGCGAUACGUUUGCUCGUAGACAAUCUAGCACGCGGGGCGGUAGUUCGUUGACAACCUCGACUGAACGGGGCGGGGGCCAACGAGAAAGACAAGCUGGGGGGAGGCGUCCGGUGGAUGAUAUUUUACAGGAUGGACACUAUCCGAACUCAUCACCGGUCUAGAAUACUCCCGACCUUGUCUAUUCAAUCUUCGUGCUCUAACGGCAGCGUGGCGCUUCGGGCUGUUUUUUCCGGGGUUUAAUGGAAUUUCAUGGUAGCAUUGUAUGGCGCACGGUUAACAAAAGGGAAAUAACAUACUGAGUUUCCCUGCUUCUUCAACAAGGGUGAUUGGAACGACGAAUCAUGAUGUAUUCACGUCAAUAGAGGCCAUCAAACAAUAUGUUUGGCAGGCGGUUACAGCUACUGUAUAUAUAGGAGCAUUUUGGGACAUUUUCAUCACUGAGAUUCAGUGAUUGACAGCAUAUACGGCGCAUUGGGGUUGAGGGGAUGAAGGACUUGGAUAUUGAGCCUUCAUCCCAAAAGUUAUCUACGUUGGAAUGGACCUAGGUGACAUAAAUACCAGGCCGAUCAUGACAUCUACGUUACAAAUACCUAGAUAGGCCGUUAGUUAAGCAGCGCCUCCUAAUUGGAUAGGGGGCCGUCAAAUAAGAGAAGAUUAACUAAACACAGAUUGGUCUUUCAUUCUGAGUAAAUUAAUUAUGAGUGGUUGUUCAUUCCGUGAAGGACGGCUUAGGAUUACCAUUUGCUAUUUGCGGUAAAUGUUAUAAGCCAAGUUGGCCAAUUACAC